CAACAUUUGUGUUUGUGUAGCUACUUGUUGUCCUACUGUAUCGGUUUUUCCAUUUUAAUUGUUUAGUUGGUUCUGUGAGUUUUAAUUAGUAGUAUAAAUAUCCGUUUGUAAUCCUAAUCAUGGAUGUAGCUGAUGUAAAUGCGGGGCACCGCCAGCACAGAGACGAAAUCGGUGUUCGAUGCCAAAAGUUGUUCCAGGAUUUCUUGGAGGAAUACAAGGAGGAUGGAGAUAUCAAAUACCUGGAAUCAGCAAAAGAGCUCGAAAACGAAGAACGGAGCAUCAUCGAAAUCAGCUUCGAAGAUGUGGAAAAAUAUAACCAAAACCUUGCCACCACAAUUAUUGAAGAAUAUUACCGAAUCUAUCCUUAUUUAUGCCAAGCAGUUGCAAAUUUUGUAAAAGACCGCACUGAAUUGAAGAAAGAAAAAGAAUGCUACAUUGCUUUCAUGGAUGUGCCCACGAGGCAUGUUGUCAGGGAAUUAAAGACGGAUAAAAUUGGUACACUCAUAAGGAUUUCCGGACAAGUUAUCAGGACACAUCCUGUACAUCCUGAACUGGUCACAGGUACUUUUUCUUGCUUAGAUUGCCAAACGGUUAUCAAAAAUGUUGAGCAACAGUUUAAAUACACAAAUCCAACAAUCUGCCGAAAUCCUGUUUGUAACAACAGAAGAAGAUUCAUGCUAAACAUAGACAAGUCAAAAUUUGUCGAUUUCCAAAAAGUAAGAAUCCAAGAAACUCAAGCAGAACUUCCUAGAGGUUGCGUCCCAAGGAGUGUUGAAGUUAUUCUAAGAGCUGAAAAUGUUGAAAGUGUACAAGCGGGUGACAGAUACGAUUUCACCGGAACUCUGAUAGUAGUGCCUGAUGUUGGAAGCAUGGCCUUACCAGGCGCCAAGGCUCAAAUGGCCUCAAAACACAGACAUGGGGAUGAUUCUGAAGGUGUUAGAGGCCUAAAAGCUUUGGGGGUUAGAGAUUUACAUUAUAGAAUGUCAUUUUUGGCUUGCAGCGUACAACCCACAAAUCCUAAAUUCGGAGGCAUUGAAAUGCCUUUGGGUGAUAUUACUCCUGAAAUUAUGAGACAACAAAUGACUGAAGGCGAGUGGAGGCAUAUGUAUGAAAUGUCUCAUGAUAAGAAUUUGUAUCAGAAUAUGAUUAAUAGUCUUUUUCCUAGUAUACACGGGAAUGAUGAGGUGAAAAAAGGAAUUUUGUUAAUGUUGUUUGGGGGAGUAUCAAAAACAACAAAGGAAGGUACCUCUUUGAGAGGGGACAUUAAUUGUUGUAUUGUUGGUGAUCCUAGUACAGCUAAGAGUCAGUUUUUGAAGCAGGUUUCUGAGUUCUCGCCAAGGGCUGUAUAUACUUCUGGUAAAGCCUCUACUGCUGCUGGUUUAACUGCUGCAGUAGUAAAAGAUGAAGAAUCUUCAGAUUUUGUUAUUGAAGCUGGAGCUCUUAUGUUGGCUGACAAUGGAGUGUGCUGUAUUGACGAAUUUGACAAAAUGGACCUUAGAGAUCAAGUUGCUAUUCACGAAGCUAUGGAACAACAGACCAUAUCAAUUGCCAAAGCAGGUGUUCGUGCUACUCUUAAUGCCCGAACUUCCAUUCUAGCAGCUGCCAACCCUAUAGGAGGACGUUAUGACAGAGCCAGAUCAUUACAACAAAAUAUUCAACUUUCUGCACCUAUCAUGUCCAGAUUUGAUUUGUUUUUCAUUUUAGUAGACGAGUGUAAUGAAGUUAUUGAUUAUGCUAUUGCAAGAAAAAUUGUCGAUUUACAUAGUAAUAUCGAGGAGAGUGUUGAAAAGGUGUAUUCUCGGCAAGAAGUACUUCAGUAUAUCAGCUUUGCGAGGAAAUUUAAGCCUAUUAUUAAUCCAGAAGCAGGAGAACUUCUGGUUAGUUACUACAAUCGUCUAAGACUCAGGGACAGCACAAGCUCAGGCAAAUCAACUUGGCGAAUCACUGUCCGACAACUAGAAAGUAUGAUUCGUCUCUCAGAAGCUAUGGCCCGUAUGGACAUUAAUGAUGAAGUACAACUCCGACAUGUCCGAGAAGCUUAUCGCUUACUCAACAAAUCAAUUAUAAGAGUAGAACAGCCUGAUAUUCACUUGGAAGGUGACAGGGACCAAUCGGUAAACGAUGAUCAGUUGAUGGAAGCGGAUGAAGAAAAUCCCGCAACUCCACAUGAACAACAGCCAGCUAAAAAGAAGAUGGUGGUUACUUUUGAGGAGUACAAAACUCUCAGUAAUAUGAUUGUGAUUUAUAUGAGGAAACACGAGAGCAUGGUCGAGGAGGAAGGUAAAGAAGGAUUGCACAGGAGUGACUUGAUUGAGUGGUAUCUGAAUCAAAUUGCCGAUCAAAUUGAAUCUGAAGAAGAAUUGAUUGAAAAGAAAGAUAUGAUGGAGAAAGUUUUGGAUAGGCUGAUUUAUCAUGAUCAAAUUAUUAUUUCUUUAACGAAAACAGGUCUUAAAGGCAAACCUCAGGAAGAGGAUGAAGAUGCAUUGUUAGUUGUCCAUCCAAAUUAUUUGAUAGACCAGUAGUACCUAAUUGUGUUUGAAACAUUAAUUUUAAUUAUUUUUUUUUAUUUACCUUUUAUUAUUUAAAUUUUUGUGGAAUAAUAGUUUUUUUAUAAUUAUUGGAGUUCGAUAAGAAAUAAAUAUGAGAUUCCAUGAA